UACGCCGAUAACACGUCUCAUAAGAACUUCAUUGAUAUAAAUUAUGAAACAGUUUUUGAUAAUUCAUUUGCUCCCGAGAAGUCGAACGUCAAAAACGUCUUACUUGUCGAGAUGGAGAGAAUGAUAUCCAGCACUUUGCUUGUAAUUUUGCUUUCCCUUUCGUCUGUCUGCUGGGCUUCUGACUCGGUAUGCUACGGAGAACUUGGCUGUUUUACGGACGAUCCACCGUAUUGUGAUCCUCCAUCGCGUCCUGUCUGGCUACCGAAGAGCCCAGAGGAAAUUGGCACUGAAUUUAUGCUGAACACCAGGAACAUCCCUACAACCUCCUGGGAGGAAUAUCAGACUCUCAGCACGGACUUCCCGGAUGACUUUUACAAUACUGAUUUCCAGUCUUACAGAGAUACAAAGAUAAUAACCCAUGGAUUUACCCAAAGUUCUUCCGUGGCGUGGAUGAGAGAGAUGGUUGACCAAUUCCUGAUAGAGGGCGACUUCAAUGUCAUCAGGGUCGAUUGGCAAAGGGGAGCCAUUGGGGCAUACGGUAUAUCCGCAGCGAAUACCCGUGUCGUCGGCGCUCACAUCUCCCUGCUCAUCGAUAAACUUAAGUUGGUAUAUGGAGUGGAUGCUAGUAGUUUCCACAUCAUUGGUCACAGUCUCGGUGCUCAGGUAUCUGGCUAUGCUGGAGAGAGACAGUCUAAUCCUCAGGUGGCCAGAAUAACAGGUUUGGACCCUGCCGGACCAUACUUUGAAGACACCGAUCCCAUUGUCCGUCUCGACCCAAGCGAUGCAGCGUAUGUCGACGUCAUCCAUACCGACACUGAUCCUCUGUACAACUUUGGAUAUGGCAUGUAUGCCCCGUGUGGACACAUGGACUUUUAUCCUAAUGGCGGUAAUGAUCAACCAGGUUGUGAUCCAAGCUUGAUAGAGGACAUCAUCCUUGACGGCUUCUAUGAAGGUGUUUGUCAGUUUGUAGCUUGUAAUCACCUCCGCUCCAUCGAGUAUUUCAAGGAAUCUAUCAGCUCUCCUGAGGGUCCAUACCUAGCUUUCAAAUGCUCGCGAGAUCACGACGAUUACAACCUGGGAUUGUGUUUCGACACCAGUCAUUGUGCCCCUAUGGGGUGGCACUCACCCUCUGGCUAUCCAGGAGGAGAAAACCUCAUGUAUCAGAUAAAUACCAAUGAAGAUGAACCAUACGGCGGUUACCAGUAUCAAUUCACUUUCAAGUUCGAUGAUCAUCGCAAAGCCCAUGAUGCUAAAGGACUGAUCUACAUAACCCUCAUGGGUAACAAUGCACAAUCAUCCAAAAUCGCUCUCACCUCCGAAACUACCGAAUAUUACACCAACACUGCAUACGUGUAUAUGACGCCCUAUGACGUUGGUCCUGAUGAUACUGAGGGUUUGGUAAGCCUAUACUUCGAGUGGGACUAUGACGCAGACUGGUACAAAUGGUGGGAUUGGGAGGCCUUCGAGAGACCUGAACUCUUCAUCCAUCAGAUCCAAGUGAUUGAUUCCGAAGGGAAUAAGUUCAUUAUGUGCGGUGACUACAAUGGAAUCGAACCCGGAGAUGUGAAGGCUUUCAUCAGCUCGGCUGAUGGGGCAACUUGUCCGUAACAAUGAGCCUUAAAGAACCACUACCAAUUAUUAUGGCAUUAUUUGAUCUGGAUCCUGUCAAAGAUUUUGAUUGAUUCCAUUAAUCUCAACUAUAGAAAACCAGUUGCACCAUCUUUAUCAUUUCUUGUCUUCACUGAAAAUAAAAAGUCUCUGCUGAUUUAACAUCAGCUCAUAGCCCAUAAUAUAGGAAAAACAGAUAUGUUAUGUUUUGAUAUAACACCACAGGGCUCCGUAACACAAUCGCUAAAUUCCAAUGACCAAUCAAGAUCAUUGUUGCUUGCGCACUCUGUUUAAAUACUGACCGGGAACCAAUCAGUGCGGGUUUUUUUAUAUUUGCAAUUAAUUGCAAACCUUUGUCUUACGGAGCCCAGUUUGGCUUGAGCUUACACCAUACAGCAUGAGCCAUCGCCGAUUAUAGCGUUAAAACAACGACGGUCCAUACUCUCCCACUUCCCUGGUUUGAUGUUUGAUUCUAAAUGGGCGUUGUUUAAACGGCGACACGGCGGCAUUUGCUCCUGUGACAAUAAUAUUGCUCCAGGCUUUAUUUCGUCUAAGAUAUAAGUUUAUGGUAGGGCUGCAAUAGGAUUUAAUGCUAGGUUUAGGAUGGGGUAUAGUGUUAAAUCCAGGGUUGAAUCCAUGAGUGUGUAAAAUUCACAGCGGAGCGAUUGUCGCCGGAGCAAAUGUCAUGGAACCCUAAUAAACAUGACACGGAGUUGUAACACCGUAGUUUCCUGCUGUAUAACAAUCUCCGAUCCCUUCGUGUUGAUAAAGGGAUGAGUGAUUCAGGUGCUUUUCAAAACCCCAUGGUCUCGCACUAGUGGUAUACACUCGUCCAUUGAAGUGCCCCCCCCCCCCGGGCAAAAAUGACGGGAUUAUGAUUAGUUAUAAGCACCAUCCAGCCCGGUAUCUUUAUAUAGGCCUACAUGAAAUCACCAGGAAGGUGUUUAAACAGGUUCCAUGACAUUUUAUUUUCUAUAGAGGACUAUAAAUACCGGGCUGACUGGUCCUUUAUAUUGUAAAAUCGACAUUUUUUGCAGUGUAUGGACGAAUCAUUCAUCCCUUUGUCAAUACGAAGGAAGAUUCUGAUACAUCAAGAAUACAAAAAAAGAAACAAUAAACUUCGUGUCGUGUUUAGAUCGAGGGCUUGAUUCGGAAUGGCACUACCACCGAUGAUGAAGAUGUCACUGGAUGUCCGUAUUUGAGAUUGAUUUGAUCGAUCACUUACCUUUGUGAAAAGGGACCGUGAUUCGUCUUGAUUUGAUCGUGAUAGCUGUGGCAUUUAAUCAUGAGAUGAAUGGUAAUUUUUCUGAUAAUUAAUAUUUUAAAUGGUAACUGGAAAACAAACGUAGAAGAAAUUCGAGAUAAAUCAAGAUCGAAAAUCAAUAGUUCAUGCAGCAUUUAUUCUAAGGGUUAUAAUGGAGGCAAAAUAUAGGUAAGGAAAUAAAUGCAAACAACAUUCGAAUGAAAAAAUAGGCCUAUAAUGAGUGAACAAUAAGGAAGAUGCCCAAUACAUUGUACACGGAUCGAAAUCACUCGUAUUUAGUCAGGGCAGUGUCAGAGUGGAAGGGAAAUGGUCAGGGGCGACCAUCCCCCAUGAUUUCCGAAUAAUACAAAAGGAAAAGAGGUGAGGCAACAUAAAAGAAGGGGACAGAAAAGGGAGAUCAAUUAUCCUUCAUAGUUUUUCUUCGAGAAAAAAAAGGCAAUUUUAAGAUCCCCUUCCCAUAUCGAUCAAAUCAACAUGUCAAGAAAGGUUUUCGAUACUGCUACGUAACAGGAAGGGCCGUCAAUCUUGUAUUUGCAUGCUAAUUAAGAAAAUAAAUGUGUAAGUAAUUUAGGUAAACAAUCCUAUAUCUGAUUUUAAAUCGUGUGUAAUUAUAUAAUGAUUAUAUCAGUACAGAGCCACCUGUCGAAAUGCAUUAAAAUAUAGAG